AAAUUGCUCGCCUUCAAUGAAUUUGAGUUCUGCUCAAGCUCUAGAGUUUUGAUGCCCGUACAGCCCAGCGUUAUUCGCAAUCCAGCAGUUGUCGCGAUCGGAAGCAAAUCGGAAAAUCUCCCUUGGAUUCCUAGAAUACGCAGCCGAAAAAUUUGCUGGUUGUGUUGCCGCGACGUCGACGCAUUUCAAUUGGAUUCAGGGCUUAAUUUAUUGAAAUGUUGCCCCUUCGCUUGGGCCUGCUACUUGGCGCCGUGCUUUUCGUGGCAAGCGCAAAUGGAGCUGCCAUCGAAAACGAGGUUUCCAGUCUGAGCGACUUGCAGCGGGAGCGGAGAAGCGGCAGAGGCUAUUCACGGGGACAAACCCAGUCUCAGUACUUAAAUUUCGGCAAGCCCGAGGAGGAUGGAAAGGCCGAGGCAGAAGCCACCGAAAAUGGAUCUCGCUCAACUGUCUCUGGCACCCAUGGAAUGGGCCAGGCUCAGAGCCAGUUCUCAUCAGGGGACUGCAAUGGAUGUUCUGGCUACCAAACGGAUUACCCCACGGCAGGCAGAAUCCUGGAUGCUAGCGGAUCCGGAGCGGUCGGUAGACCCGAUGCCAUAAUAAGCUUACCCGGGGGAGGCGUGCACGGAGGUCUGGGUGGCCAGCCAGGAAUCGGAGGUCAACCAGGAAUUGAAGGUCGUCCAGGCGGGCAAUCACGACCUGGAGAAAGCCAGAUAGGAUUUGGUGGAGCUCGCCCUGGAUAUGGAACUCCAUCUGGUGUUGGGGGGCCAGGUCAAGUUGGCAGCGGAUCGGGACAACCGGGAUCAGAUGGACAGUCGGGGGGUGAACAGCCAGGAGGCGGAGUCAGACCAUCCGGAGUCGAAAGCCAACCUGGUAUUGGUGGACAGACAGGAAACGGUCAAGUCGUAUACGGAAGGCAGCCAGGAUUGGGAGGACAGACCGGAGUUGGACAACCCGGAUAUGAAAGCCAACCAGGAGUUGGCACUCAGACCGGUUCCGGACAACCCGGAUACGGAAGCCAACCUGGUGUUGGCGGACAGGUCGGAGGUGGGACACCCGGUUACGGAAUUCAGCCUGCAAUUGGAGGACAGAUUGGAUCCGGACAACCCGGUUAUGGUAGCCAACCUGGUACUGGCGGAGCUGGACAAUCGGGAUACGGAAGCCAGCCUGGAGUUGGCGGACAGGCCGGAGCCGGACAACCCGGAUACGGAAGCCAACCAGGCGUUGGUGCUCAGACCGGGGUCGGGCAACCAGGAAUUGGUGGACAGACCGGUAUCGGACAAUCCGGAUACGGAAGCCAACCUGGAAUUGGUGGACAGAGCGGCACCGGGCAACCUGGUUACGGAUCCCAGCCAGGGAUUGGUGGACAGACCGGUGUCGGACAACCCGGAUACGGAAGCCAACCUGGAAUUGGUGGACAGAGCGGCACCGGGCAACCCGGUUACGGAUCCCAGCCAGGGAUUGGUGGACAGACCGGUGUCGGACAACCCGGAUACGGAAGCCAACCUGGAAUUGGUGGACAGAGCGGCACCGGGCAACCCGGUUACGGAUCCCAGCCAGGGAUUGGUGGUCAGACCGGUGUCGGACAACCCGGAUACGGAAGCCAACCUGGAAUUGGUGGACAGAGCGGCACCGGGCAACCCGGUUACGGAUCCCAGCCAGGGAUUGGUGGACAGACCGGUGUCGGACAACCCGGAUACGGAAGCCAACCCGGAAUUGGUGGUCAGAGCGGCACCGGGCAAACCGGUUACGGAUCCCAGCCAGGGAUUGGUGGACAGACCGGUGUCGGACAACCCGGAUACGGAAGCCAACCUGGAAUUGGUGGACAGAGCGGACCCGGGCAACCCGGUUACGGAUCCCAGCCAGGGAUUGGUGGACAGACCGGUGUCGGACAACCCGGAUACGGAAGCCAACCCGGAAUUGGUGGUCAAAGCGGCACCGGGCAACCCGGUUACGGAUCCCAACCAGGAAUUGGUGGACAGACCGGUGUCGGACAACCCGGAUACGGAAGCCAACCUGGAAUUGGUGGACAGAGCGGCACCGGGCAACCCGGUUACGGAUCCCAGCCAGGGAUUGGUGGACAGACCGGUGUCGGACAACCCGGAUACGGAAGCCAGCCUGGAAUUGGUGGACAGAGCGGCACCGGGCAACCCGGCUACGGAUCCCAGCCAGGGAUUGGUGGACAGACCGGAGUCGGACGACCCGGAUACGGAAGCCAACCUGGAACUGGCGGAACCGCUCAACAAGGAUAUGGAACUCAGCCAGGAUCUGGAGGUCAAUCAGUCAGUGGAGGGCAACCCGGAUAUGGAAGCCAACCUGGAAUUGGCGGACAGACCGGACAACCCGGAUAUGGAAGCCAACCAGGAGUUGGCGCUCAGUCCGUAGCCGGUCAACCCGGAUACGGAACCCAACCUGGAAUUGGCAGACUGACUGCAGCCGGACAACCCGGAGUUGGCGCUCAGUACGGAGCCGGUCAACCCGGAUACGGAACACAAACUGGAAUUGGUGGACAGACUGGAGGCGGUGGCUCACCUGGAGUUUUAACUCAGACAGGAGGGAAACACGGAUACGGAACUCAGCCUGGAAUUGGCGGUCAAACCCUGACCGGACCAACCGGAUAUGGUGGCCAAGCAGGAUAUGGAGGCCAGCCUGGAGCCGGUCAACCCGGAUACGGAACCCAACCUGGAAUUGGUGGAGCAUCCGGGUACGGCAGUCAACCUGGAAUUGGCGGUCAAACCGGGGCCGGACAACCCGGAUAUGGUAGCCAAGCAGGAUAUGGAGGCCAGCAUGGAGCCGGUCAACCCGGAUACGGAUCCCAACCAGGAAUUGGCGGACAGACUGGAGUCGGACAACCCGGAUACGGAAGCCAACCAGUAGUUGGUGCUCAGGCCGGAGCCGGGCAGCCUGGAUACGGAUCCCAACCAGGAAUUGGUGGAAAGACCGGUGUCGGACAGCCCGGAUACGGAAGCCAACCUGGAAUUGGUGCUCAGACCGUAGCCGGGCAACCCGGAUACGGAUCCCAACCAGGAAUUGGCGGACAGAGUGGAGUAGGACAACCCGGAUACGGAAGCCAACCAGGAGUUGGUGCUCAGACCGGAGCCGGGCAAACUCUAUACGGAUCCCAACCAGGAAUUGGGGGACAGACUGGAGUAGGACAACCCGGAUACGGAAGCCAACCUAUUAUUGGCGGACAGGCGGGAGCCGGGCAAACCGGAUACGGAACACAUCCUGGUAUUGGCGGACAGACUGGUACUGGACAAACUGGAACCGGACAGCUCGGAUAUGGUAGCCAGCCUGGAGUCGGUCUAACAGGAUACGGAAGCCAACCUGGUAUUGGUGGACAAAGCGGCGCCUUACAACCAGGAUACGGAAGCCAACCUGUUAUUGGCGGACAGACCGGAGCCGGACAACUCGGAUACGGAGUCCAACCAGGAUUUGGGGGACAACCCGGAUUCGGAAACCAACCGGGAAUUGGCGGACAGACUGGAGCCGGACAACCUGGAUACGGAGUCCAACCUGGAUUUGGAGGACAACCUGGAACCGUACAACCUGGGUACGGCAGCCAACCUGGAAUUGGCGGACAGACCGCAGCUGGACAACCUGGAUAUGGAGGCCAACCUGGAAUUGGUGGAUCAACUGGGUAUGGAACACAGCCCGGAACUGGAGAUCGAACAGGAAUCAGUGGUGGUCAUCUCGGGUACGGAACUCAACCUGGAGUCAGCGGACACACCGGAGCGGGACAACCCGGAUUCGGAACCUUACCUGGAACAGGUGGUCAGGCUCCGACCGGCCAACCCGGAUACGGACAACCAGGAUAUGGAUCUCAACCAGGAGUUGGUGGACAGACCGGAGGCGGACAAGGUGGAUACGGAAGCCAACCCGGAUUCGGUGGAUCGGCAGGUUAUGGAGCACAGCCAGGAGGUGGAGGCCAAAAUGGAGUGAUUGGAGGGCAACCCGGAAAGACCGGAGACAGUGCUGGACAACCAGGAUACGGAACCCAGACAGGGCAAAUUGGGGCGCCAGGUCGGUAUACAGAUGGAAGUGCAGGAAGUCAAACUGCACCUGGUGCUGUGGGCACUAGUGGAGCUGUUGCUCCCGGUACCAGUGGAGCUGACGACGCCUUCUCCCAAGCCGAGUCAUCAAUUGGCGACGGACAAGCCUCGGCAAGUGCUCAGGGCAAGAAGAAUGGAGGCACGGCCAAGACUCAGGUGUCGGGAACUUACAGCUCCGGCGGAACCUUCAGCGCCAGUGCAAUGACGUCCGAUGCGGAUCGUGCGGCCAGUGCCCAGGUGACAGGAAAUGCUGAUGGAGCCGUGAGUCAGUCGCAGGGAUCGGGUGGUCCUGCCCAAUCGCAGGCCCAGGUACAGGUGGCCAAGGACGGCGGCACCAAGGCCUCGUCGCAGAGCGGUGGCAUCAUCCAACAGAGCCAGAGCGAGGUGCACGCCAAUGACAAGGGCGGUCUGGCGGACGCCCAGUCGAGCGGACCCGGUCAAACCUCCUCCCAGGCCCAGAUCGGCUUCCGUCCCGGCCAGGAGGCCAAUCCGCCGGCAGCUAAUGGUGGCGGCCAGGCAUCGUCCUCAUCUGGCACUCACUCUAGUCAGAGUAGCUCGCAAAUUCACGGAACCUCCAGCUUUGGUGUUUCCUACCAUGGUGCUGCGCAGUCCGCGUCGGGCACCAAGGAGCAGGUGGCUACUUACAGGGAAGCGAACAGGGAGCUCUUCAAUACCAUCAGUCAGUUUGGCAACAACGGGAAUGCUGUUACAGAUCGAGCUGAUGCCGUCUACAGUGGCCCCGCGCUUACGGAUGAGACCGACAGUGUGCCAGAGGCUCAACUGAAGUCCACCAAGCCCAAGGAGGAAGCGGAGCAGGUGGUGAGCAAGCCAGAGCAGCCGGAGCCCGUUCAGUACGAGGAUGAAGAGGACGCCGAACCGGAUGAAUACGAUGACGAUGAGUACUACAACGAGAAGCCAGUGAAGCUAGAGGAAACCCCAAAGCCGGCCAGCAUGGUGAAGCCACCCGAAACCACACCCAAACCCAAGGUCUACGAACAGUCAUCGACCACGCAAAGCCAACAGGCAGUCGUGGUGCCGGUGGCAGGUGAGAAAUAUCAGGUGGUGCAAAAGCAGAACGGUAAGGCCACCAUCAAUGCUGAGCCCUCGACCACCGAGGCCAUACCACCAGGAUUCCGGGGAACCGUGAAUGUGGAAAAGAAGUUCCACACCAAGGCCCUGGAGCUGCACCCUGCCAAGGGAGUGGAGAUCACACCCGACACCAACGACGAGGGUCCGGUUCGGGGUGACAAGCCGCUCCUGCGUGCUCCUGAUAGCUACGUGACCGUCACCAAGUCGGUGACCGGCAGCAUGGACAACACCAAGAACCCGCCGCAGGAGAACAAGAACUUCCAGUCCACCUACUACACCAAGUCCUCGACGUGCGGCUACUUCACCUUCUCCUGCAACAUUGUCUACGGCGCCAAUGGAAGGAGCAAGAUCUGUCGGCCCAAGGCGCCCACCAAUGGAAAAUGCUAGGAUGGGCCCUUCACUAUAGUACCACCCCACCCAUAUUAUGGUAGAUCAGUUCCAGAGGGGCUCAAUCUAGAACAGCUCAAUUAGAACCACCAACUGCCAUCUACAAACACCUUUUUGUAUUUUGACGCAGCUUGCUCUUGAGCAUUUAAGUGUUUUUCGCAAAUAAUUAAACGGUUUCACUGCCAUUUCUUGAAUAUGUCGUACGACUUGCAACUGUAAUUAAUAUUUAAUAACAAAACACCACAAAAAAA